AUGUACAUGCUAUCGGGGCCACCAUUCAGGGUUGACCCCGACGACCCUCAGUGUGUGCUGGAUAGAGGAGGCGAGCAGGUGGAACUCAUGGGCUCCUCGCGGGAGAUCCUGGCAGAGCUGGCCACCCAGCCCCAGUGGCAGGACACGGAGGUUGCGUAUGUCUCCAGGACUGAGUACCCGCAGUGGGCCAAUGCAUGCCUCAAGGCUGCCACGGGGAUUGCCUUCAAGGACAUGCUCUUCUUUGACAACGAGUCCUGGAACAUAAAGGUUUCGAGACUUGGGGUGGUCUCAAUAUACACCCCCCAUGGGAUGACAUCCGAUAACUGGGAGUAUGGUCUGGCAGAGUUUAGAAAGAAGGCCUCGCAACAAUGA